GGAAAUGAGAAUUGCUCCGUUAGGGGGUCAAUUGAAAAAACCUGGGGUGGGGGGAGGGAAUUUCAAUUGACGCAAGUUUUGUCUCCUCUUCCCAAUUCUGCCCUCUCUCUCCAGAAACAAACCUUUCUAUUCUUCUUCUCUUCCCUUUCUCUUUCCUUUCUUUUUCUCUGCAACUGCGUUGUCAUUCCUCUUUUUUUCUCUGCAACUACGCUCUCAUUCCUCCUCUUCUUCUCUUUCUUGUGUAUCUAUGGCGGACAGAGGGAAGAAGAAUCAAGGUUAUGAUGGUCGCCGGCGGACAAAGGGAGGAAUAGAGAAACUCUGUUGCCGGAUUUGCAAAGAGGUUGUCGCCGUCCAGCCAUCAUCGUAGAGUCAAAGGAGUGAGUUCUCGGGGACCAGCCGGUGGGUCGAUUGACUCCGCGCAAAGGGAUUUUGACGCAUGUGUGUAAGUAGUGGGUCGAUUGACUCGAUCCUCGCCAGGCUCAAACGACGGCGAGAUUUGUUGGAGUUCCUCACCGGCAGUCCAGCCUCUGAUUCAAGGACCGAGAAGUCUCAAUCCUUCAAAUUGCGUCCGUCAACUUCAAAUCCGGUCGUCUCUGCUCUGAACGCCCAAUUUCAUUUGUGCCCUAGACCCCUAAUUUCUCACGGGGUUAGAGUCAAAUUCCAGAAACGGGAAACAGAAAGGUUAAGGUUUUGGAUUGCAACGGCUGAAGUUUCUCAAAAAGUUCUUCAGAUUCCCUCUACUCUUCCAGCUUGGGUUAAGGUUUUGGAUGUUCUGGUUUACAGGGAUAUUGGUUGUGUGAUUCGGAAAAAUCCGAUUGCUUGAUAGGGAGGGUUCUUUGGAUUGGUUUUGACAUUUGGUUAGUUGCAAAAACCACUUUUUUUAUUAUGUUUCGAUUUCAUUUGUGGGUAUUAUGAAAUCCAGAAAGUGUUCAUUUUGUAAAUGAAGAACUAAACAAAAACAAACCCAGAAACAAAAACUUGCAGAAGGGUAUAUUGGUAUUUCCUCGAAAAUGACUUAUCUGCAUUUCUCCAUUUCAAAGUCCAUCCCAAACUACACAUUCUUGGCAAAUUUCCUCAUCAUAUUGACUCAUUUUCUAAAACGAGUCUUUUGGUGCAAAUUAUCAUCCCAAUCUCUUCGCCACUCUUUGUUUUUCACCAACAAAAGAAAAUCCAAUUUUUUUUUUUCAAUCAGAUCUGUGCCUUUCAUCGCCAGCGCUUGAUUUUGCCGUCCCGAACACAAAUCUCACGAGUCCUUCAUCACUUCGUAUCCUCAUCUCGCCCAGAAAACAUACACCAGAAAAAUCCCCAACUCCGGCGAAGACAUCUUUCCCAAUCUUCGUCUCCCGACGACCACGAAGGCCAACACCAUCUCGACUCGCAAAUCUGAGUCGCUGUCGUAGCCGCAGCAGCGUCGCCGUCCCCAGCCGUUCAGCCGCAGUAGCGUUGCCGUCGAGCACCGUUCAAGCCCAGACUAAAAAAAAUCAGACCGGUCAAAUUAAAACCGACGGCAAAGGAAAAGCGGGAAGCAGUUACAAAAUCCACCGGGAUGAAGUCACUCGCCAACAAUGGAGGCGCCACAUCUAUUUCCUCUAAACCUUGUCGAUCCACUUUGACAUUCAUGGUCGCCAGUUUGAGUUUUGACGAUCUUUCGAUAUCUCCUGUUAAAGUCAGUAGCUUUUCCUUCUUCUUGAUCCCCUUUCGCGCCUGGUAAUGGUAGUAAUGCAAAGGGUUCUGCUUUGACUAGGAAGGGAAGGUACAAGUUACUGAAUCUUCAAAAACAUGGCAAGUCAAAGGCUUUUACAAGGAUAUAGGAGAGGCAUCCACAUAAGUAGAACUGGAGUAUCACCAGAUGAGGAAAUGGCCAAAAUGAUUGCUGAAAAGCUGAACAAAUCAGGGUUAAGAGAUGUUCGAGCCAUGAUGCCAUCUCUGUGUUCUAAUCUGAAUCAUGAAGUCACCUCCUUGGUACUCUCAAACCCUGAUGUUUCCCCUCGUUCUUGCUUGUCUUUCUAUGACCUUUUGGCAAAUGAUGAGUCUCUUACUGCUCAAAAACCUGAUGUUGAAGCCAGCAUCGUCCUUCUUUUGAGACUAUUCAAGGACAGGAAGUUUGUGGACAUGAAGAAUGUGUUGACUAGGAUUGCAUCAGAUGAUGUUAGGUUCCCAGUUGCUAGUUGGGUAUCUAUGAACAGUGGAAAAUUGAAUGAAGCUUGCUUUAGGGAGAAGCUGUAUGAUAUGCUGUUUAGAGUCUAUGCUGAUGCAAGGAUGUUCGAAGAGGGCCUUGAGGUUUUUGAUUACAUGAUAAGUAACGGGUUGAAGAUUGACGAGAGAUCUUGUAUCGUCUAUCUGCUUGCUUCGAAGAGAUGCGACAGAAUGGAGAUGUGUUCAGUACUAUUCAGAAAGAUGGUUAAUUCUAAUAUGGAGGUUAGUGUUUACUCUUUGACCAUUGUGGUUGAUGGGUUGUGUAGAAGAGGUAGGGUUACAAGGGCUAAAGAAUUAAUGAUUGAGAUGGCUGGGGUGAAAGGAAUUAAGCCGAAUGUCAUUACCUACAAUACCAUUUUGAAUGGAUAUGUGAAAAUAAGGGAUUCUGCCGGCGUUGAAGAGAUCUUGAGAUUGAUGGAGACGGCUGAAGUUGCUUAUAAUGCCGCUACAUAUACCAUGUUGAUUCAUUUCUUUGGUGACAGCGGUAAGGCGGAGAAAGCUGAGAGGUUGUUCAAAGACAUGAAUGAAAGAAAUGUCGAAGUGGAUAUUCAUGUGUAUACGUCGAUUAUCAGCUGUAAUUGUAAAGUUGGGAACCUGAAAAGGGCUUUUGCUUUGUUUGAUGAGCUCGGCGAGAGAGGUCUUGCUCCCAGUACUCACACAUAUGGGGCCUUGAUCGAUGGUGUCUGCAAGGCUGGCCAGAUGGAGGCAGCUAAGAUUUUGCUAUCCAGAAUGCAAAGCCAAGGGUUAGACAUGAAUCUGCUGAUCUUCAACACUCUUAUUGAUGGUUAUUGUAAAGCAGGUAUGAUAGAUGAGGCUUUAAGAGUAAAGGGUACAAUGGAAAAGAACGGAUUCAAGGCGGAUAACUAUACACAUAACAUUAUUGCUAGUGGCCUGUGUAAAUUGAACAAGCUUGAUGAUGCGAAGAACUGGUUGUUUGCAAUGAUCGAAAGAGGUGAAAUACCAAAUUCAGUGAAUUUCACCACUCUGAUCAACAUCUACUGCAAAGAGAGGAAUAUCCUGGAAGCGAAGAAGCUGUUCAAGGAGAUGAAGAAGAAAUCAGUGAAACCCACUCUUGUUACUUACAAUGCUCUGAUUGACGGAUGCUGUAAGGAAGGCAAGAUCCAUGAAGCUUACAAGCUAAAAGAAGAAAUGGUGGCUGUGGGAUUUUCACCAGACAUAUACACAUAUACCUCGGUCAUACACGGGGAAUGUAUUUCUGGAGACGUGGAUAAAGCACUGCAACUGUUGAGUGAAGCUCGUGAAAGUGGUUUGACGAUCAAUAUGGUCACUUACACUGCAAUUGUUUCAGGCCUGUCCAGGGAGGGCCGUUCUGAAGAAGCUUUUAAAUUGUACGACGAGGCUAUGGAGACAGGAAUGACUCCUGACAACAGAUUGUACGCAUCACUUGUUGGCAGCCUUCACCAAGUUCCGAACUCUUAGAGCAUUUGAAAGGUGAAUGAAUUCAGUUUUACCUACUCAGUCUUUCGUAUCAAGGAGCCAUUCGAUCCAGCGAUUCUACUUGGAAAUGACAUGUAUCUAAUCUAGUGUAUGCAUUCUGCAGGAAUGUAAAUGCGCUGCGUUAAUCGACGUCAC